UCAGAAUGGGCAACUCCUGCGACACCGCGCUGCACAUAGCCAUCUCUAACGGCGAGGCGUCCAUCGCGAAAGCGCUCGUCGAUAUCGUCUACCAAACAAAAGGAGCCCUCUGGGCGUACAACAAACGCGGCGACAUGCCUCUUCACCUUGCUGCCCAUCUCGGCAACGCUGACUUGUGCCAUUGCAUCGUCGCCGCCCUCCACGGCCGGAAGGAGUCGUUUUAUGCCCUGCACUCGCUUUGUGUAGGUGAUGAAGGGUACCGUUAUUGCAGGGGAAGAGACGGAGACACUAUUCUGCAUGCCUGCCUCGAAGGGGGAUUUGGCUUAUGAUAUUAUGACAGUCUACAAUAAGCUAGUUGCAGCUCGCAACAAGGACGGUGUGUCGCCGCUACAUAUUCUGGCGAACAAGCCAUCUGCCUUUGAAAGUGGAAGCAAAAUUAGAGGCAUUGAUAAACUCAUCUAUCAUUGCAUAUUUGUUGAUAAGGUGCCUCAUUCGAUGAUGCCCAAUCAAGCUGCGGCGGAUCUUCAAUACAAGGAAGAUGCAAAUUAUCCAGAGAAUUAUCAUACCUGCCUCGUAACCUUCAAUCAACUGUGGAAUAUAUUGCGAAGGCUAUUGAACAGUCACAGCAGCCAGAAACACGACGAAGAAAAUAUAGGCAAUGACAAGAAAGCGAAGCUCGAAACUCCAAAAAACGGUUUUGUUGACAAACUAAGACUGCAAAUGCAGAGCGACGCCAAUAUGAAUGGGAUAAAAAAGGUCAAAUACUAA